AUGGCGAGGGCACUGCUGAGUGACAGUGAACCCGACAGCUCUGACAGCGAGGCUGGUGGUGCCGAGGUCAGUAACGAUUUGAAGGUCAACCAGGACUUCGCAAAAAGAUUUGAGCACAACAAGAAGAGAGAAGAACUACAGAAAUUGGAAGAAAAGCUGGGCAAGUCGUCGCGGAAGCGCAAGCGAGGUGAUGAGGACAACAAUGGCUCUGACAGUGAGUCUUCAAGUUCAUCCGAAGACGAGGAUGACGAAGGCGAGUUUGCAACCGCUGCACUGGAUAACGAGAUUAUGGCUACCUUGGAGGCGAUCAAGUCCAAAGAUCCUCGAGUAUACGAUACGUCAGUAAAAUUUUAUGCAGAUGCCGAUCAGGAACUGGAGGUGGAGAAGCAAAAGAAAGAGAAGCCGGUGUAUUUAAGAGACUACCAUCGUGAGAAUCUGUUGAACGGUGUCAAACAUGAGGAGCAGGAGGACCAACCUCUGUCCUACAAUCAACAACAGGACCAACUCAAGAAAUCCAUAGUUAGCGAAAUGCACGCUGCGGCAAAUGCCAGCUCUGAUGAGGACUCGGACGAAGAGGGUGGCCUUCUAGUUCGCAAGAGCAAACCCGAGGUGCCUACGCAAUCCGCCGUCAUCCCGGACGUAGAGACUGCUGACAGAGAUCCUGAAACCUUUCUUUCCAACUUCAUGGCUGCGCGAGCAUGGGUACCCACAGACAGAGCCGAGUUACAUCCUUUCGAGUCCGACGAUGAGGAAGAGGAAAAAAGAGCAGAAGAAUUCGAAGAAGCCUACAACAUGCGCUUUGAGAACCCAGAAAAAUCGAAUGAGGCACUCAGAAGUUAUGCCCGAGAUACAGCAGCCAAGUUCUCCGUCCGACGAGAGGACAAGAACAGCAGGAAGAAGAUGCGAGACGCUGAAAAGGCUGCGAAAGAAGCAGCCAAGCAGGAGAUACGAGACGAGAAAGCACGGCUAAAGAAGCUGCGCAUGGACGAGGUCGAGCAGAAAGUGAAGCGAAUCAAGCAAGCUGCAGGCCUUCGCUCAACUGAUUUGAAACCUGAAGACUGGUCUCGCUUCAUCGACGACGAAUGGGACGACGCGAAGUGGGAGGACGAAAUGCAAAAGCGCUUCGGAGACCAAUACUAUGCCGAACAGGACGACGAGCUCAGCGACGCCAGCCUCGACGGCGAACAAGACAACAACCCCACAACAAAGAAACACAAGAAACCACACAAACCAAAAUUCGACGACGACAUCGAUAUCAAAGACAUCAUCCCUGACUUCCAAGAGGAAGACGAAGAAGCUGCUAACUUCAGUCUCUCCGAUGACGACGACAACGACAACAACAAUCAAACCCCAGCAACAAAACAGAAACCCAAAUCAAAAUCCAAAAAACAAGAACGCAUCGCCACCCAGAAAGAAACCCGCCGCGAACGCCGCAUAAUCGAAGCCCUCGUCACCGACCAAAUGCAACUCGACCUCGACCACGCCCUCCCCGCCUCGUCGCGUCAAAAAUCCGCUGGGUUCAGAUACCGCGAGACGAGUCCACAGUCCUUCGGUCUGACGUCUCGUGAUAUCCUGCUUGCUGACGAUAGUGCACUCAAUCAAUUUGCUGGGUUGAAGAAGCUGGCGAGUUGGAGGGAGGAGGAGAAGAAACAGAAGGAUUGGAAGAGAUUGGGGAAGAAGGCUAGGUUGAGGAAGUGGAGGAUGGAUACGUUUGGGGAUGAGGAGGGUCCGAGGGAUGUGGAUAACGAUGGUCAGGAUAGGGAGGAUGGUGAGGCUCGAGCUGCAGAGAGUGAUGAUGAGGUGGGAGGUGUGGAUAUUAGGGAAGGUGGGAAGAAGAAGAAAGGUAGACGGAGGAAGAAAACAAAGACUGAUGGAGUUGUGCUGACUGCCUGA